ACUACCCCAACCUUUCUUCUCCGCUCUGCCCAAGCUCACUCGUUACUUUGAAUCAAUGGCUCUUCUCUUACAAAAUCUGCCCGUUAUUUCCUCUCUCCCUCUUUUUCUUUUCUUCCUUGCUUCUUUUUGUUCUCUCUUAACACAAGGAAAACCAACGCAAAACCAGAACAUGUCCGUUUCCUUCUCGUUUCCUCUCACUUCCGUCCGUUUCUCUCGUAGUAAUGUUCAAACGCUAUUCCCUUCUUUUGUUUCAGAAACCAAGCCAAACCCACGGGUUAGGCCAAGGCCAAGGCCAACCCCAUCUUCAUAUAAUUAUAAAACAACGUUCAAGUAUUCAAUGGCUUUGGUCGUGGCUCUCCCUAUAGGCACUCCACCGCAGACUCAGCAGAUGGUGUUGGAUACUGGGAGCCAACUCUCCUGGAUUCAGUGCCACAAAAAGGUUGCCCAAAAGCCGCCUCCUAUGGCGUCGUUUGAUCCUUCUCUUUCCUCUUCUUUCUCGGUUUUGCCAUGUAACCACCCUCUCUGUAAGCCUCGAAUUCCCGAUUUUACCCUCCCUACUUCUUGCGACCAGAACCGUUUAUGCCACUAUUCUUACUUCUACGCCGACGGAACACUUGCUGAGGGCAACCUCGUCAAAGAAAAAAUCACUUUUUCACGUUCCCAAAGUACCCCUCCUUUGAUCCUUGGUUGUGCCACCGAUACCAGCGAAGACAAGGGUAUUUUGGGAAUGAACCUUGGACGGUUGUCUUUUGCUUCCCAAGCUAAAAUUUCCAAGUUUUCUUACUGUGUGCCUACUCGUCGGACGCAACCCGGGGUUUCACCCACCGGGUCGUUUUAUCUCGGUGAAAACCCGAAUUCCCGCGGGUUUCAGUACGUUAACCUUUUGAUUUUCCCUCGAAGUCGAACCAUGCCUAAUAUGGAUCCUUUGGCAUACACUCUUCCAAUGCAAGGGAUACGAAUUGGAGCAAAAAAAUUGCCAAUCCCCACUUCCGUUUUCCGACCCGAUGCAGGCGGAUCGGGUCAAACCAUUAUCGAUUCGGGUUCAGAGUUCACUUACUUGGUUGAUGAGGCCUAUAACACGGUGAGGGAAGAAGUGGUGAGGCUAGUAGGUCCCAGGCUUAAAAAGAGUUACGUGUACGGUGGAGUAGCUGACAUGUGUUUUGACGGCAACCCAAUUGAGAUCGGACGGUUGAUGGGUGAUAUGGUAUUGGAGUUUGAGAAAGGGGUGGAGAUCACCGUUGACAAGGAAAGGAUGUUAGCUGAUGUUGGAGGUGGGGUCCAUUGCUUGGGGAUCGGACGGUCGAAUAUGCUUGGGAUUGCGAGCAAUAUAGUCGGAAACGUUCAUCAACAAAAUCUUUGGGUGGAAUUUGAUCUAGCCAAUGGGAGAGUGGGAUUCGGUAAGGCUGAUUGUAGCAGAGCAUUAUAGUCAUUACGGUGAUAUAUAUUCUACUGGCGGUCUGAAUUAAGCCUAGGACACGUGUCACGUGGUGAACAUGGGAUUGGUUGAUCCAUAUAUGGUUAUGACAAAGUUCUUAAAGAUCCACGUACUUCAAGUUGCAGUGUUGUAUUGUAGUAGUUAGUUGGGAUGGGAAGUGAGAGUAGCUAAAGUGUAUAUAUGAGGAUGUAAAAUUUAUGUAAUGAAAAAUCAAUCAUUAUGGUUUAUUUAUGCUUUGCUCUCUCAUUCUGCAAGGAUACGACAAGAUUUCUCCACCA